AUGUCAUUCUCCAAUCUGGUCUCUGACAUUGCUUACCGCGACUCUCCUCGUCCUAAGAACCCCGUUCGCUCCGCCACUGAAUCGUCCGCCCGUUCAUACACCAGCACAGCAGCGACCAGUGUCAGCAUAUCUGGCGACAUCUCAAGCCAAUUGCAUGGCGGCUACAGCCACCCAUUGGCUCGCUCGUGGCAAGCUGAACGACAACUGACAAAAUCCAUGCUCAUAUAUCCUCUAUUCAUAACUGACCACCCCAACGAAGAAAGUCUCAUCCCCUCGCUGCCGAAUCAAUCUCGCCGCGGUCUCAACCGUAUUCGCCCUUACCUUGAUACCCUAGUGCAGAAAGGCCUGAAGUCCGUCAUCCUUUUUGGUGUACCCACUGCUUCCGGCUCAAAAGACGCUCUUGGCACAUCAGCGGAUGAUCCAAAGGGGCCCGUCAUCCAAGCCAUCCGAUUAUUACGGCAACACUACCCACAACUCUUUAUCGUCGCUGACGUAUGCUUAUGUGAAUACACAAGCCAUGGGCACUGCGGUAUACUACGCGAGGACGGCUCCUUGAACAAUCAGCUCUCCGUGGAUCGCAUCAGUGAUGUAGCGAUGGCGUACGCAGAGGCGGGCGCGCACUGCGUCGCUCCCUCAGACAUGAACGACGGACGUGUACGGGCGAUCAAGUUGAAGCUGAUUGAAGCUGGGAUCGCGCAUAGAGUUGUGCUAAUGUCAUACUCUGCUAAGUUCUCCGGGUGCUUAUAUGGUCCAUUUAGGGAUGCCGCUGGCUCGGCUCCGAGUUUUGGGGACAGGAAAUGCUAUCAGUUGCCACCUGGAGGCAGAGGGCUGGCCAGGAGGGCGAUCACGAGGGAUAUUCAGGAGGGUGCGGAUAUCAUAAUGGUAAAGCCGGCGAGUUCUUAUCUGGACAUCAUCAGUGACGCAAAGGAUCUGGGGAAGGACAUGCCGGUCGCAGCCUAUCAGGUCAGUGGCGAGUUCGCUAUGAUUCACGCUGGGGCGAAGGCUGGAGUGUUUGAUCUGAAGUCUAUGGCGUUUGAGAGUACGGAAGGAAUACUAAGGGCUGGAGCAACGAUUGUUGUGAGCUAUUUCACGCCAGAUUUCCUAGAUUGGCUGGAGCAUUAA